CUCUCUAGAGAGUUGAGAGAGAUCUGCAGAGUGCUAGAGGUGAGAGGAAAAGAUCAGAGAUUUGAUUCUUAUUAUGAUCUGAAGAUUAUGAAUCAUUAACGAAUAUUUAAGUGACGUCGUACCUAUGUGUACUUAGUAUAUCUUUAUAUUUUACACGGAGAUCCUCAAUACAAGGACUACAACUCACUGAGGAUGUUCCGUGGCUUGAUACAUAUAAUAUAGGUAUACAUUCUACGCUACGCUACUGUCGCUGCUGCUGUGUUAAGUGUGUGUGUGGUCGAGUUAUUCAUACUUUCAUACAGCCAUACACUUACACAGUAUCCAUUUAGUAAGUAGCGAAGCUCAAGACAGAAAGAAAAUUAAGUAGAGGGGACGAGGGAUAAAAGACUCUGCAGAGAACCCUGGCAACAUCAGGAGUGAGAGCAUCAGUGCGUCCAAGUAGUCGCCUUACUGAUGCUGCGGUGAUGGUGUGGUGCGUAUGCACUCGAGGCGGAGAUUAUAAUAAUUAAGCUACUUAGCAACAGGAAAAAUAAAAAAAAAAGUGGAGAGUGAUCGAGAGUGAGUAAAAAGCAGAGAGCGAGGUGUAGGUUGUGUUGUUGUUGCUGCUGCUGCAGCUGCUCACCACACAAUGAACGGGUUGAGCUUGAGCGAACUAUGUUGCCUGUUCUGCUGUCCGCCCUGUCCGUCGCGGAUAGCCGCGAAGCUGGCCUUCCUACCGCCCGAGCCAACCUACAGCUUCAUCGAGGACGAGGGCUCCAAAUACUCGAUCUCGCUGAGCGAGCGCGCCGAGUGGCAGUACACGGAACGCGAAAAAGAGUCCGUCGAGGGCUUUUACACGCGGACGGCGCGCGGUAACCGAAUUGCCUGUCUUUUUGUGCGGUGCUCGGCCACCGCCCGGUUCACGAUACUGUUCAGCCACGGCAACGCCGUCGACCUCGGCCAGAUGUCGAGCUUCUACCUGGGCCUCGGCUCCCGCAUCAACUGCAACAUCUUCAGCUACGACUACUCCGGCUACGGUGUCUCUGGUGGCAAACCCUCCGAAAAGAAUCUCUAUGCGGACAUUGACGCCGCCUGGCACGCGCUUCGCACCCGAUACGGUGUCAGCCCCGAGAACAUCAUACUCUACGGUCAGAGCAUUGGAACCGUACCGACCGUUGACCUUGCCUCCCGCUACGAGGUUGGCGCCGUCGUCCUCCAUUCUCCUCUCAUGUCCGGUAUGCGUGUCGCUUUCCCCAACACCAAGCGCACCUGGUUCUUUGACGCCUUCCCCAGCAUUGACAAGGUGCCUAAAGUGACGUCGCCUGUAUUAGUCAUUCAUGGAACCGAAGACGAAGUUAUCAAUUUUAGUCAUGGUAUGGCCAUUUAUGAGAGGUGCCCCCGGGCCGUUGAACCUCUGUGGGUCGAGGGUGCUGGUCACAAUGAUGUGGAGCUUUAUAAUCAGUACCUCGAUAGACUUAAGCAAUUCGUGAGCGUGGAGCUGAUAAACUGACGUCGACUCAGCCUCUCCCAGG